GUAAUUCGGCAGCCGGUGUCGUGAAUUUUGCAGAAUCACCAUGGCGUCGAUGUUGAAAGAAACUACGGGGCUGUAUGAAACAUUAAAAUCGGAAUGGAACAAGAAAAGCCCAAAUUUGAGCAAGUGCGGUGAAAUCCUCAGCAAGCUCAAGAUCUCUCUUCUGGAGUUGAAUUUCCUUCCGACCACAGGGACCAAACUCACCAAACAACAGCUCAUUCUUGCGCGGGAUGUGUUGGAGAUUGGAGCUUUGUGGAGCAUCUUGAAGAAGGACAUUCCCUCCUAUGAGAGAUAUAUGGCACAACUGAAGUGCUACUAUUUUGAUUAUAAGGAUGAGCUGCCAGAGUCAGCCUACAUGCAUCAGCUGCUGGGUCUGAACUUGCUGUUCCUGCUGUCUCAGAACCGUGUGUCUGAGUUUCACACAGAGUUGGAGAGACUCAGUGCAAAAGACAUUCAAAGCAACGUAUACAUCAGGCACCCCGUUUCCCUUGAGCAGUACUUGAUGGAGGGGAGUUACAAUAAGGUCUUUCUCGCCAAAGGAAACAUCCCAGCAGAAAGCUACACAUUCUUUAUUGACAUUCUGCUUGACACUAUCCGUGAUGAGAUUGCUGGUUGCAUAGAGAAAGCUUAUGAACAGAUCCAGUUCAAAGAGGCCACAAGAGUGCUGUUCUUCACCUCGACUAAGCAGAUGACGGACUAUGCCAAGAAAAGGGGCUGGACCCAGAGCUCAGAUGGGUACUAUUCUUUCAGCUCCCAGCAGCAAAAGACAGAAGAGGCCACAAUACCCUCGACGGAGUUAGCCCAGCAGGUCAUCGAAUAUGCACGCCAGCUGGAGAUGAUUGUCUAGUUGAAACCUGUGCAAAGGCCUUCCCUUGUUAUAUACACACACACACACACACACACACACACACACACACACACACACUCUUAUCUUGGCAUUGCCCCAUUAUUAAUCAACAGACAUCACUUCGCUAGGCUUUCUGUUAAGGUGUGUGUAUAUGAAUGUACAUAUCACGGUAUGUUUAUAUACGCGCACAGUAACACAUGAGUGAUCUGUGGUGCUCUGCACAAUCUGUCUGAAGUGAAAACCUAUUCAAAUUUUCAAAAUUCUUUCACACGUGUGCACUGAUAACAAAUCUAAUAGUCUGUUUGUUUGGUCAUUUGCCAGUGUUGGGUCACAAGGUUAAUAAAAUUAAAGCCACAGUAGAUUUUCGAUGUUUACUGUUUUAUAGCCAACAUAAGCUAGGUUAACUAGCCAAAUAACCUCCAAUGAGGGAAAAACUCUCCAGUGGUCUUUUCCUUCCACACACAGUCACUAUGGGAUGUAAUGCCAUUGUCACGGACAGAAUAUCAUGGAUCAGCAGACUACGUUCCUUGCAUACCACCUUUCCCAAAAUCUCUAUUUCAGUUUGUUGGAUGAGACUGAGUGGGCAGAAACACUUUGCAAAGGACUCACUUUGACUGACCACAUAUGAUGCCUAUAUUUUUUUUCCAAGUUCACACUUGGUCAGGUAACUCGUAUUCUUUCCGUUCCUUGUUUUGCCCUGGAAUGUUGGCUCCCUUUGUUUCAUAUCCCCUGCUUUGUUUCCUAGCAACUAGCAGAGAUUUGCUGUGAAAGUUUGAAGCCCCCCUCCCUCGCCUUUCCUUUUUUUUAAUUGACAAUUUAUAAGUCCCUUUCAUGGUUUGUACAGCUAUUGACCUGAGAAAUGCAAAUGCUUAUUUCAUCAGUGGUCACAGGUUGUGCCAGUUCAAAAUAAAAAAAAAUACUCCUCAUGUAUUGUUUUUAUUAAAAAAAUAAAUAAAGUAAAACCUAUGUGCGUAUCAAAGUUG